CAAAGAUUACGCUAACAUAUUCAAUUUCGGUUGUUGAAGUAUUGUUUGCUUUGCAAACAGCUGAACAAAGGGUCACUUAUUAUUUCUGAAGACCCUCACUUUAACAAGAGUUCGAGCGCCCAAGAUUAUCGGGACUAACUAAGAUUAUAAUCAAGUCAUAAGAUCAUGGAAAACGGCCCUCGUCGGUCCGUAUUUUCGUUCGAGCCCUUUCGCAUCAAAUCUGUCGAAAAAAUCAAAACCACCACAAGAGAAGAACGACUAAAGUAUUUGAAGGAAGCUCAUUAUAAUCUAUUUAUGGUCCAAUCUGAGCAUGUUCUCAUCGACCUACUUACUGACUCAGGAACCGGUGCCAUGAGUACGGAGCAGUGGUCAGCCAUGAUGCUAGGCGACGAGAUGUAUGCGGGCUCGAGCAGCUACAGUAAAUUUGAGGCCGUUGUCAAGGAGAUAUACGGUUACCGUCACGUGCUUCCGACCCACCAAGGCCGGGCCGCUGAGCGGAUUCUGUUUCACUGUACGUUGUUACCAGGGGACAUUGUGCUUAAUAACUCGCAUUUUGAUACAACACGAGCGAACGUUGAAGCUAAAGAAGCUACUGCUCUUAAUCUACCUUCUCCUGAGGCAUUGGAUCCAAAUUCAGAUUAUCCAUUCAAGGGGGAUAUGGACUUGAAGAGACUGGAAGAGUUGUUGUCUGGUGAUGAGAGAGAACGGGUGCGAUUGGUUUUUCUUACCAUUACUAACAACGCUUUAGGUGGCUUUCCUGUCAGUAUGGACAACAUCAAAGCGGUUUCCAAACUCUGUCAUGCGUACAACAUACCUCUUUUCUUCGACGCCUGUCGCUUUGCUGAGAACGCCUGGUUCAUUAAGACGAAAGAAAAAGGUUACGAGGCAAAAACACCCAAACAAAUAUCACAAGAGAUUUUUAGCUUGGGAGAUGGUUGUACAAUGUCUGCCAAGAAAAACGGCUUGAGCAACAUUGGUGGAUUUCUUGCGUUAAAUGAUGACAAUGUUGCUGACAGGUGCCGCACGGAACUAGUCAUAUCCGAGGGAUUUGUAACCUAUGGAGGAUUGGCUGGUCGUGACUUGGAAGCUAUUGCUGUCGGGUUUCAAGAAAUUCUGGAAGACUCUUACUUGGAAUAUCAAAUCAACUUUGUUAAGAAUUUUGCAGAAAUGCUCAAAGACCAUGGGGUUUCGGUCCUCACUCCGCCAAGUGGACACGCGGUCUACAUCGACGCAGCUGCUAUGCUACCUAACAUACCCAAGGAUCAGUUCCCUGCUUGGUCUUUGGGCUGCGCCCUGUAUCUAGAAGGUGGUGUUAGGGGAGUAGAAAUAGGUGGAGUCAUGUUUGGUGGAGCACCAAAUAACAAUCAAGAUGGUCAUUGUGUAGGUGGUUCGGAACCUGAACUUCUGAGGCUGGCCAUUCCAAGACGAGUGUAUACCGAAUCUCACAUGAGAUACGUCGCGGAGGUGCUCGGUUACAUUGCGAAGCGACGACAUGAAAUUCCCGGAUACAAAAUCACGUGGGAGGCGAAAGCAUUACGUCACUUCACAGCACGACUCGCGCCAGUCUCAACCGAAUUUUCCCAAAACAAGAUACUGAAAAAUGAGAAGGUCAAAGCUGACAAUGAAGAAUCACCAAAUUCUCACAUCCCCAAAAGAAAAACUUCUAUUCUGAUCUUGGAUUAAUGAUGGUAGUUGAACUGAGUGGAGUGCAAUUUGGACCAAAAUUGCACGACACGAAGUUCAAUUACCACUUCAUCAUAUCCUUUUUGUGAUCAUACAAAAGAAAAAGACACAAUAAAGAGUGCAGAAUAAUCGAUUUAAUGUAGAAGAAGAAGUAAAUCAAACAGGUUUUUCCUGGUAUUAAAUAUACGAUUUAUCAGCAAAUCAUUAAAUAUCCAUAAAUAAUGCUUAUUAUUCUCUUCUCUGAUUGGCCGAAUAUAAGAAUUCUGUUCUGUGAUUGGUUCUCUCAAAAAGAUGCGAUUAACAGCUCAAAAGGAUGCGAUUAAGAGCUCCUAAGGAUGCGAUUUGGGAAUUAAUGACACUCCUAUGAACCAAUCAGAUUGCAGGAUUUGGUAGUGAUUACGAAAAGGAUAUGAUUAAUGUUUUAAUUUCUCGAUAAUUUUUCAGUGUAUUUUAUAGGUGAAUUAGGCCUUUUGCAAUAGAUUGACACGUGAUCGUUACUGGAUGGCAAAAAAGUUUGGACUUCC